UGUGAUUAAGUUGGGACAGGCCGAUCAGGAGCCUGCCUAGAAGUACGAUGAGCUCGAGAAUCCAUGUUUUUCCCGAGACUCUGAAGCAGACGAGUAUCCCUUUUUUUAGCGUAGGAUCCUAGUGGGCCUAUUUCAGCCAAAGCAAACCACUCUCUACUUUCCUGCCUCACUUCAGACUCUGCGGAGGGGAGCGUGUAAGUUGUUGAGUGAGUGUGUGAGUGAAGAAUGUACUUGUGUCUGUUUGGGCAGUCUUUCCUUAGUGCACUUCAGCUAAGGUUGUGUAGAAAUCGGGUGAAGAUCUCGUUUGUGAAGUGGUUUGUUCGAGGAAUGGCUUAGAAGAUCGCCAUUGCCACGAGCCUCCUGGGAUGCAGGCCUAGUGUGCCAAUUGUUUGUAUUGAUUAAAGGUGUUGUGUCUGAGUUGAAAGGCUGAUGAGGUGCAGAGAAAGUGAUCAGUGAAGGUCUCCCGAUAAUGGAUGUGACUUAGGAUGUGAUUGAUUGAAGCCAACCAUCCGUCCAUCCAUCCAUCCGGUCGGUCGGAGAAGGCAGAGCUGCCCCAUAAUGACAACGAUUCCGGUGGUGGUGGUGGAGGUGGUGGUGCUACACACGCCAAGAUGAGGAAACGUCGGAGAGCUCUCUUGGUCCAAUUGCUGCUCUACAAGACGAUCGUCACGAAGCCCAGAAAAGUGGGACCUGUCUUGCUCCACAGACAAUUACUCCCCUCUUCAGCCACCAAAACGUCUUUCACCCUCAGUUUGCCUCUCAUCAGAGACCUCAGGUCAGCUUUGCACACGCAUUUUCAACUCACACAACAUUGCCUGUCUUCCACACCACCCCUCCCAUUGUCAUUAGCAUUCGCAAGGACACGCCCUGCCAUUCAAACACAGACAAGUCAUUGCACUUCGUCAUCAACUCCAUCACCGCAUACCGAGUCUUUGAGACCUUGCAUCCCGUUACUAAGCUCAGGUUCCUCAACCAUCCAAGCCAAUCCUCCUCAACAAGAUGAAGGGCUGGUUCGAUGCCUUCCGCGAAAAUGGCGGUCCCACUCUGUACACUCAUGCUAACCGCACUCCGGUCAUCGGUGAUGUGUCCAUGAUCACGCUCUGUGUGGUCUUUGGAACACUCUACUUGGCCUUCUUUGUGAUUUUCCCCGGCAUCAGAAAAGAGCGAUUCACCACUUUCCUUAGUGUGACUUUGAGUCUUUUCGUCGGAACCGCUAUCCUCCUUGGCAAUAAUGGAAGCUCAUGGCACAUUGCGCAAGCCGAGGUUUCCAGUGCCUACCGUGCCUUUUCUAAUGAGAAACUCAUGGGGAAGGUGGGCGUCUACAUUGGACUGGCCCAUGUCAAUGUGACCUUGGAAGCCAUGCCCAUCUAUUACAACACCUCCAUGGACAUUAACUUCAACGAGAGAUUUGAAUGGGGCGGACCCACUCAACUGGCCGAUGAAUACCGCCACGCCCUUAUCAAAGGCUUACCGUUCCCCAUUUUGACUGUGGCAGAAUACCUGGCUGUCGACGCUGAGGGUUUCUGUUGGGGUCGGAGUUACCGCGAGGCCGGAUAUUUCACAUCGAUUUUCCUCUGGACCUCGUUCGUUCUCUGGAUCGUGAUGAACAUCUUGUUGGUGGUUGUCCCUCGUUAUGGUGCCUACAUGAUGACCAUGACCGGGUUCAUGAUGGUGUUCUCCACUCUGAUCUACUACUGGCUUUUGCCCAAUAAAGCGCUUCUGAUCCACGUCGAAGACGUGACCUUGUCCUUUGAACUGGGAUGGUGCUUUUAUCUGGUCCUGAUCGCCGGCCUCAUCUGUAUGGCCAUUGGCGGCUCCAUCUCCAUGAUCGACCUCAUCUACCCGCACAAGUUCUCGACCAUCCUCGAGAUGGACUACGGCACGCCAUUCGACCGCCACACCAUUAUCGAAGACUCCCACGAGACAAAGAAAAAGAAGAAAACCUUGCCCAAGUUGGAAGAGCCCGCGUCCGUGGGAUUCGGAGGUCUCCUCCGCCGUUUGUCCAAACGGGAUCGCAGCUCCGAUCCCAAUCAAGGCGCUCAUGAUAAUUACGCAUUUGAAAUGGAAGCUCCCAAAUCACCGUGGCGUUAUCCCCACUUGAUGUUCCGUGAUAGUCGCAAAAGCAACAAGAGCGUGUCCUUCAAGCGGGAUCGAAACCAUCUGGAGCUCCCUGGACAAGGGCCAUUUGGCAUCAUGAAACGCACCGACUCGAAAGAUUCAUCCUGCUCCUCGCUAGGCUCCGUUCCACACCAUACACGAGAUGAUCUCAGAGCCACCAAUUCAGUUCCACCCUUCCAAAAGUUUCAUAGGACAGACAGCGCUGAAAGUUCCAACUCGAGCUUGGCAUCAUUUGGAGGGCUCUCUGGUAUCUUGUCCAGAGCCAAUUCCAAACACAAGCAAAAGGGCAUUUCCGAUAAGAACCAGGUGACUCUCGUGGGUCAUACUCACGUUGCUGUGGAACGCGCUGAUAGUGGUCAAAGUGUCAUCAGUCGAGGUUACGUGGUCACUCCAGGAGAAGGAGGCGUCACGGUGGUCAGCACAGGGGGCGGACCGUCAAGUGGGGGCGUCGGUGUCACGCACCAGAGCUAUGGGGACGUGAAAAAUGACGAGGUGGCAAUUAUUGUUAGUGGUCGAAAGGACUCGGUAACUGAGGCAAAGCGACGCAAUUCUGCAGAACAUCAGCGGUCCGAAGCAUCUAUGUGGUAAAGAAACAAUUGAAAGAAGCAAGAAAAUAAACCUAAAUCGGGGGAGGUUUGAUCCCAACGAUAAAAAGGUCAUCUCCUCACAACAGUCCCCCAAACU